AUGGGUGCUGUCUAUAUGAUCAGCCCACAUAUAUUUGAUAUAAUGGUCUACUGUCCAGACCCCAUUAUCUCUGCAGGUUUUAACUCCUUAGGCCCGGGAGGCGUAGGGGCGCGCGAGGGCGCGCGCGUAGCGGCGCUGUGCCUGCUGUGGUAUGCUCUGAGCGCGGGCGGCAACGUGGUCAACAAGGUAAUACUGAGCGGCUUCCCGUUCCCGGUGACCGUGUCGCUGUGCCAUAUCCUGGCGCUGUGCGCGGGGCUGCCCCCGCUGCUGCGCGCCUGGCGUGUGCCCCCCGCGCCGCCUGUGUCGCCGCCCUUGCCCGGCCAGCACGCGCCGCCUGGCCCCCUCCUGCCGCCGCGCUUCUACCCGCGCUACGUGCUCCCACUCGCCUUCGGCAAGUACUUCGCAUCCGUGUCGGCGCACGUCAGCAUCUGGAAGGUGCCCGUAUCCUACGCGCACACCGUCAAGGCCACCAUGCCCAUUUGGGUGGUCCUCCUGUCCCGAAUCAUCAUGAAAGAGAAACAGAGCACCAAGGUGUAUCUGUCCCUCAUCCCCAUCAUCAGCGGCGUCCUGCUGGCCACUGUCACCGAGCUGUCUUUCGAUAUGUGGGGGCUCCUCAGCGCUCUGGCGGCCACCUUGUGCUUCUCACUCCAGAAUAUCUUUUCCAAAAAGGUGUUGAGAGAUUCCCGGAUCCACCACCUCCGGCUGCUAAACAUCCUGGGCUGCCAUGCCAUCUUCUUCAUGAUCCCCACAUGGGUUCUGGUGGACCUGUCAGCGUUCCUGGUCAGCAGCGACUUGACCUAUGUCUCCCAGUGGCCCUGGACACUCCUGCUCCUGGCCGUCAGCGGCUUCUGCAACUUUGCUCAGAACGUUAUUGCCUUUAGCAUCCUCAACCUCAUUAGCCCCCUGAGCUACUCAGUCGCCAAUGCGACCAAGAGGAUCAUGGUCAUCACUGUGUCCCUCAUCAUGCUACGUAAUCCAGUCACCAGCACCAACGUCCUGGGGAUGAUGACGGCCAUCCUAGGUGUCUUCCUGUACAACAAGACCAAGUACGAUGCCAACCAGCAAGCCAGGAAGCACCUCCUCCCUGUCACGACGGGGGACCUGAGCAGCAAGGAGCAUCCCCGGGGCGUACUGGAGAAACCCCAGAACGGCCUCCUCUUCCCCCAGCAUACAGACUAUCAGUAUGGCCGCAACAGCAUCCUAACGGAUCACUUCCAGUAUAGCCGGCAGAGCUACCCAAACACGUACAGUUUGAACCGUUACGACGUGUAG